AUGGCGGACGAAUCGACACUCCGACAGCGCAAAGCUCAGCCGAAGAACGACUCGGCAUCUGAAGCCUCUCAACCUUCAACUCCUACCAAAAAGGGCAAGAAGACAUCAUCUUCCAAGAUCGACCACGAUGACACCUGGGAUGGCUACUCUCCUUACCUCGACAUCCUCCGCGUCAUCAGCUUCCUCUUCGUAGCUUCUAUGGGCCUCAGCUAUGUUAUAAGCGGAGGAGAGAGCUACUGGUGGGGACAUAAGAACAAGCCGGAAUGGAUGACUCAAAAAUUCUACAAGGAGUUGAUUCUUGGACCACCACCCCCAACCUACAUGACUCUCGAUGAGCUCUCUCUUUACGAUGGUCGCGAUCCCGAUAGACCCAUUCUACUCGCCAUCAACGGCACCAUCUACGACGUCUCCCCGGGUCGUCGCAUGUACGGCCCCGGCGGUUCAUACAGCUACUUUGCUGCCACCGAUGCCGCCCGCGGUUUUGUUACAGGCUGCUUCGCUGAGGACCAGACUGCAGAUCUCCGUGGUUAUGAGGAGACAUUCUUGCCCAUCGACAAUCCCGAGAUCGACUCGCAUUGGACCCCUGAAGAGCUCGCCGAGCUCAAGGUUAAGGAGCUGGAGGAAGCCAAGCAGAAGGCCUAUGCUACACUAAAGCACUGGGUUGACUUUUUCGCCAACAACAAGAAGUACUCCAAGGUGGGAUAUGUGCAGCGAGACCCUGACUGGCUGGAGAAGGAGAAGCCCAAGAAGCUUUGCGACCAGGCCCAGAAGAGUAGGAAGACCAGAAAGAUUCCUCAAAGCAAGCAGUAA